AUGCCGAACACCGUAUAUGUUAUUACUGGAACCAACAAAGGCAUCGGCCUUGGCCUAGUGAAGACCUUGUUAGCGAGGCCAUCUACAACAGUUGUUGCCUCCGUUCGGAAUGAUGAAGCUGCUUCUUCACUGAAGUCCAGCGUCCGAGAUGUAAACAAGGGUAACGGCAGCGAGCUUUUUGUCAUAUUGCUUGACUUCAACAUCGCCCCUGAUAGCACUGCCGUCCGCAAAGCCUUCGAUACGGCGACUGGCGGCGCCGUCACCCGAAUCGAUGUUCUCAUUAGCAACGCCGCCGUAUCUGCCACAGCAUCGCGCUCAGUCUUGACCACCGCCGAGGAACUAAGGAGUGCAUUCGAAAUCAACACCAUCGCACCCUUGAUGGUGUUUCAAGGUCUCUGGCCGCUCCUGGAAAGACCGCAGGAAGCAGACGGCCCCCCUGCGAAGUUCAUCGGAAUCACGUCAUCGCUUGGAUCCAUCGAAGAACAAGAGCCUCUUCCUGCUGGCGCUUAUGGUCCCAGUAAGGCUGCGCUUAACUGGUUGGUCAAAUCGUUGCAUAUACAACAUCCAGACUUGGUAAGCGUGGCUGUCCACCCCGGAUUUGUUCGAACGUCUAUGGGUGAAGAUGCUGCGAAGCAGUGGAACUUUGAUCUCAACCGACUUGACACGAUUGAAAGCUCUGUUACUGGCGUUCUCGAGGUCAUCGACGGAGCGAGUCCCAAAUUCCCCGGCCCUUUUUGGGGUUCGGUAACUCGACUGUGGAUAACAUAUCAUAAUGUCAAGGAGGAUGAGUGUCGGGUGAAUCAGGAGCUUCACAAGAAGUAUGGGCCUGUCAUUCGCAUCACACCUACCAUGUUGCUUGUCAGUGACGCAACCAAGUUACCGGAAAUCUACCACCGAAAUGCCAACAAGUCGCAACACUACAUCACCGGCAGUUUCGGAAAGACGGAAUCAUUGUUCAACAUGCAGGACCAUGCAGUUCAUGCUCGCUUCCGUAAGAUCGCUGCGGCGCCUUACUCUUUUUCAAACAUUCGGAAGAUGGAGCCUCUGCUUGACAAGCACAUCGAGCGCUGGAUGUCCAGACUAGAUGCAUUCGCUACUUCCGGUACCAAGAUGGACUUUGCUCCAUGGGCAGUCUACCUUGCUUACGAUAUUGUCUCUGAAGUUGGCUUCGGACAGCCUUUCGGUUUCAUUGAACAGGGGAAAGAUGUUGAGGGACUCAUCCAAGGUUUUCACGACGGCCUUGUGCCGUUUGGCAUACUGGCACGGUGCUAUCCGUUCACAAAUUGGGUCAAGAGCACUUUCUUGGGGAAAUACCUUGUCGCAUCGCCGGAGCAGGACUCUGGAAUCGGGACUUUGAUGAGAUUCCGAGACGGGCUUAUCGUUCAAAGAUUCAAAGACAUCGAGAAAGGGACGACAGGUGGACGUAUCGAUUUACUACAAACCUUCAUUGAAGCCCGGGACGAGGAUGGAAACCCUCUUGAUCUGGACUACAUCAAAGCCGAAAUCUUACUCGUCUUGCUUGCUGGAGCAGAUACUACGGGCACUGCAUUUCAGGCUUUCAUGAUGCAUAUCAUGACACAUCCCGACGUCUAUGGUCGUCUCAUGGCCGAGAUUGACGAGCAGACUCGAGCUGGUAAUCUUUCAGAGAUGCCUCAGUACGCGGAAGUCCAGGAACAUUGCCCAUUCUAUGUGGCGUGCAUUCGCGAAGCCAUGCGAUUGGAUCCUCCAGCGCCCAACAUCUUUCCUCGGCUUGCUGGGAAAGGCGGUAUGGAGCUUUACGGCAAGCACGUACCAGAAGGAGCUGAGGUUACUUGCAACCCGUGGCUGGUGCAUCGCGACAAGAACAUCUUUGGUCCCGACGCUACCGAGUUCCGACCAGAGCGAUGGCUAGAAAGCGAGGAGAAGACAAAGGAGAUGCUCAAGUACAACAUGGGUUUUGGCUACGGGGCCAGAGUUUGCCUGGGCAAAGACCUUGCAAUGAUGGAAUUGCUCAAAGGGCCUCUUCAAUUCUUCAGGGCUUUCAAGCCAGAGAUCCUCAAUAGUGGAGAGCCUGGUAAGUAUGUUGUGAAAGGGGGCGUCAGCUUCUUCAAGGAUAUGUGGGUCACCAUCGAACGACGACCGAAGGCGCUGUAA